AUGUGCCUGGUUGCUGGGGAGGAGGAGACAGGUGUUCCUGGCGGCUGGUUCUGGGGUACCAUAUUGAGAAACUUAAGGAGGAUGUGCGUGGGGCCGGACGGGGACGGCAAGGUGUGCAUGACAGCCUCCACGUGUGCAGCCCUGACUACUAAGAACUCAUCUAAGACAACAACACUGGAAACCGCUGUCGGGCAACACCUGGCUCCAACAUCCAGUGUCACCACCGUGGCUACAGCUAGAGUCCAGCAGAACACAGUCUCUGCUUCCAAGGCCAUGGAAACCUUGGCCCCGACCAAGGCGAGCACCCUUGGUGUGUCCAGUCACUCACCAGGGACUACAGCCCAGGUUCUGCAAACCUCAGGCCCAGUCACCACUACCGUGGCUGUAGGAUGCUGCUCAGACAACGCUACUACCGCCAUCAAGGGCCCCAGGAGCACGCAAGGUGCAGACGCCACUACAGUUGCAAUCUCCACGACCACAGUGAAACCUGACACCACAAGCAGCCAGAAUGGAGCAGAAAAUACAACUAACUCUGGGGGUCAACGCAGCCACAGUGUGACCACAGACCUCACAUCCACUAAGGCAGGACAUCCGACAACCCUUCACCCUACAAAUCCAGUUAGCCCCUCACAACCCACUUCGACGCAUCCUGUGGCCACCCCAACAAGCUUGGGAUAUGACCAUCUUACGACAGCUUCAAGCAGUUCAAGCACCGUGGCUAGCCCUGGCCAUAACUUCACAAGCCCAGGGAUGACCACCACCCCACCGCCAUCAGUUAUCUCGCAAAGAACUCAACAGACCUCCAGCCAGAUGCCAGCCAGCUCUAUGGCCCCUUUCACCAAGGGGACAGUGGAGCCCACAAGCCCGACAACGGCGUUGAGAACGUCUCCCCUGCCAGAGACCAUGAGCUCCAGCCCCACGGCAGCAUCAACUACCCACCGAUACCCCGAAACACCGUCUCCCACCUUGGCUCAUGGGAAUAACUGGACCAAGUGUGAGGCUCCUGAGAUACCAAGUGAGAAGCACCUCAUCCUGAACCUCACAGGAAACACCCUCUGUGCAGAGGGCCCUCCAGAUGAGAAGCUGGUCACGCUGAUAUGCCAAGCAGUCAAAGCCGCCUUCAACCCGGCCCAAGAUGAGUGCAGCAUACGGCUGGCACGCGUUCAAGGAAGUCAGGCAGUGGCCGUCAAAGAAAUCACUAUUCACACUAAGCUCCCUGCCAAGGAUGUGUACGAGCGGCUGAAGGACAAAUGGGAUGAACUAAAGGAGGCAGGGGUCAGUCACAUGCAGCUGGGGGACCAGGGGCCACCGGAGGAGGCCGAGGACCGCUUCAGCAUGCCCCUCAUCAUCACCAUCGUCUGCAUGGCGUCCUUCCUGCUCCUCGUGGCGGCCCUCUAUGGCUGCUGCCACCAGCGCCUCUCCCAGAGGAAGGACCAGCAACGGCUAACAGAGGAGCUGCAGACGGUGGAGAAUGGUUACCAUGACAACCCGACACUGGAAGUGAUGGAGACCUCUUCUGAGAUGCAGGAGAAGAAGGUGGUCAGCCUCAACGGGGAGCUAGGGGACAGCUGGAUCGUCCCUCUGGACAACCUGACCAAGGACGACCUGGAUGAGGAGGAAGACACACACCUCUAG